AUGGUUGAUAUCGGCGGUAUAAUUGGCUACACCACUACUACGGGGGUUGAAGCCCUGACCAUCCUUAACAAAUGGCUUGACAGCAAAGAAACCGCAAUUGCCUGGUAUGGUAAAGAUGCAGAAGAUUUUUUGAGGGAGCGGUCGGGAGGGAUCAAGCUAGUCCGCAACAAAUUCGCAAAUCCAGAGAUCUCACAUGUCUUCACCAUACAAAAGGAGGAUUGGCAAGUUGUCAUGGAGGAGGCCCUUCCGGCGGCUCAUACGUGGUACCGUAAACGGAAAGAUGAAUCCGGGGAAUGUUCAUGGCUGCCGCUGUACUGGUCGUGCCGUGACCAAUUGGGCAAAGUGAGGGUGCUGCAAAGCGCUGACGUUGCCUUGGCGUCUAUUGGUCUUGUCUCUGGAUUGCCAGCCGCACGUCUUGAUCUCUGGGGCCUAGUAGUCAUGGCCUAUUCUAACGGUGCCCGGGCUCGCGUCGCUACAGCCGAAGGCGGAGGGUUCAAUGCAACUCUACUUUGCAGACACUUUAUCCUCACCAUAAGUCAGUCGAAUGUCAAUGCGCCAACCAUAGGGCACCUGGAACCUCGAGAACAUCCAGCCGAAAGCCACGAGUCUUUGACGGUUGACGAAUCAAGGUAUCUCCUUGAGUACGGGCAUACCUUCAGCCCUCAAGGUGUCACAACUGCCUGGGUGUUGAAUGGCCAAAAUUCCGACCCGCCGCCUUCAGAGUUAAUUGACAGCCGGUCUGAUCCAUUGUUAAAGAGAACGGUCCUCGAUACUUUCCAGACGUCCACGCUCAAAGACAAAUUUCAACUCGGGAUAAUGGAUUACUGGGAAGCAUGGGCGAAAUUUAUGGCUCCACAAGAAUAUAAAAGCGGUAAAGACAACCUGGCAACCCAAGCCGAACCUUGCAAAGCAGCAGAGACAUUCGGGCAUGUAUGCGCUCGCCAGGUGAUACUUGACAACAAUGUUAUCAGAGAAAUACAAAUACUGCAGGAACUUAUGAUCGAAAUUGGAAGGCUCUCAUAUGAAUCUGAGCGGAGUGAGGACGGCCGUCGACCUUCGAAUAGUCAUCUAUCUUCAGAUAACAACCAACGUUCAAACGACGAUGAUCAACCUGAGAAUAAUGAUCGACGCUCGAGCAGUUCUCCACCUUCAAAUGACAAACUGCUUACAAGCGAUAUUGUCAGCAUCCUUAAGCGGAUCCACGGACUUGUUGUGAAGGCGCUUUGGCGGCUAAAGUUGCUCUUUCUGUAUGAGACCAUUGACCUCGUUGACAACCUCAACCGCUACGAAGUCCUUUAUGGUUUCAAGUUAUACGGGAAUCUAAUCAAGACGAUGACGAAGUCUCACCUACUACAUGGCUGUAUGGACAACACGCGACCUGGGCUCGAUGCGAAGCAGGAACUCAGUACGCUAUUGGACUGUCACUUUGCUAUUCUUGCAAGGGCCCGCAUGCUCAACUACUGCCAGCAGAUCCAUGUCACACUUAGUGUCAGGAACACAGGACAUAAUGUCCUACUUUCUUGA